GCAGCGCAGCCCGGCCACCAUGGCACUCGGCUCCCGCCUCGCCUCCUCCCUGCGGCCUGCCCUGGCGGCUCGGCACCGGGCAGCCCCGGGGCACUGCCGGGGGCUCUGCGCCCCGCAGGGAUCAGUGCCCUCCUUCAAUCUCGGCGGCAUCUUCCCACCGCUCGCCACCCCUUUCUCGCCCGCGCAGGAGGUGGACUAUGCCCAGCUGGAGGGGAACCUGCGCCGCUACGCCGCCAUCCCUUUCCGAGGGCUGGUGGUGCUGGGCUCCAACGGGGAGUAUCCAUACCUGGCAUCCCGGGAGAGGGUGGAGGUGGUGAGCUGCGUGCGCCGGGCGCUGCCCAGGGACCGCUUGCUGCUGGCUGGCUCGGGCUGCGAAUCCACCCAGGCCACCAUCGAGCUGACAGUCAGCAUGGCAGAGGCGGGGGCUGACGUGGCACUGGUAGUGACACCCUGCUAUUACCGGGGGGCCAUGACCACUGCUGCUCUGAUCCAUCACUACACGGAGGUUGGCGACGCAUCCCCCAUCCCCGUGGUGCUGUACAGUGUCCCUGCCAACACCGGCCUGGACCUGCCCAUGGAGGCUGUCAUCACCUUGGCUCAGCACCCAAACAUCAUUGGGAUCAAGGACAGCGGUGGCGACAUCACCCGCAUGGGGCUGAUGGUCCACAAGACAAGGAAGGAGGAUUUCCAGGUGCUGGCAGGAUCAGCUGGCUUCCUGCUGGCCAGCUACGCUGUGGGCGCCUCGGGGGGUGUGUGUGCCCUCGCCAAUGUUCUGGGUGACCCACUGUGUCAGCUGGACCGGCUGUGCCGCAGGGGCCAGUGGCAGGAGGCCCGUGACCUGCAGCACCGCCUCAUUGAGCCCAACACAGCGGUCACCCGCCGGUUUGGGGUCCCGGGGCUGAAGAAGGCCAUGGAGUGGUUUGGCUACUACGGAGGGCCCUGCCGAGCACCCCUGGCCCCUCUGAGCCCUGCCCAGGUUGAAGAGCUGAGGAGCACCUUCAGUGCCAAUGGCUGGUUGUGAGGUGUUCUCCAUCUGCCCCUUCCCGCACUGGGAAGGUACAGGAGUCAGGGAACUGGGGACAUUCUGGGGAUGCUGGGAGGUGGCCAGGAGAGGGCUGCCAUGUUACUCUUCCCUGUUGGACAGGGCUAGACUGGGUGUAGAGGAGGGCAACCCCAGGCCAGCCUGCAGCCCUGCCAGCUCCCAGGGACCUGUUGUCUUCUCCUGGGGAGGGGUGGAUCCUUGUGCCAUGAAUAAACCUGCAGUCUCCUC